UUCUUCCUCUCUCUCUCUCUCUCUCUCUCUCUCUGUCUCUCUCUCUGUCUCUCUCUCAUAUACAGUAGGGUACGUGCGGGCAGUUUCGCGGCUGAAGACGGUGCACCGGUCCUGCAGAACAGCACGGGGCUGAGACGGGAUUGUGUUUACUGUACAGAGACUUUCUCUCAGGAAGAUGCUGGGGAAGUGGAGCCUCCUGUUCUCGCACAUGUGCAGCAGUAGCAGCAGCCUGCUCCUGCUCUGGACCCUCGUCGGGCUGGAUGUGGUGGAGGUGUCGGGGUCCCAGCCAGGGAUCCCUCUGUCAGUCGUGAAGCUCUGGGCUUCUGCAUUUGGUGGAGAAAUAAAAUCAAUUUCUGCAAAAUAUUCUGGAUCCCAACUCCUUCAAAAGGAUCUGUGGGCCAUCACAGCACCACGUCCAGGGACCAACUCCAGCUCUGAGCCCGGAUCCCCGGUCAAGGGCAGGAUUAACCCAAAAAAUGCUGCAUGUCUUGCAGCGUGGGAGGAGAGCGGAGGAAUCAGAGGAAGUCCACGCAAACAUGGGGAGAGCUUUCAAACGGCAUAUAGAAAGCGACUCCUGGGUCCAAACCUAGGACCUCCUUGCACUGAGAAAUAUAAAGAACCUGAAAAGUCAGUCAGAGUUGAAGAAAUUGAUGGGGUGAAGCUGGUCAAGAACCUGGCUUUGAAGCUGGAGGAAGUGUUCUGGAAAAAAGCAGAGGCAACCAGGCGGCUGGUGGAGGCAGCAGAAGAAGCGCACCAUCAGCAUGAAGAUAAUCCCGACCUGCAGUACGAGUACUUCAACGCCGUGCUGAUCAAUGAGGUGGAUGAGGAGGGCAAUAACGUAGAGCUCGGCGGAGAGUUCCUCCUGGAGCCCAACGACCAUUUCAAUAACCUGUCAGUCAACCUGAGCCUCAGUGUGGUGCAGGUGCCGACCAACAUGUACAACAAAGAUCCUGAUAUAGUGAACGGGGUUUACUGGUCCGAGGCUCUGAAUAAAGUAUUUGUGGAUAAUUUUGAAAGAGACCCAACGCUGAUCUGGCAGUACUUUGGGAGCGCCAAAGGUUUCUUCAGGCAGUACCCUGGAGUAAAGUGGCAUCCAGAUGAACAUGGUGUGAUUGGAUUUGACUGUAGAAACAGGAAGUGGUAUAUUCAAGCAGCAACGUCCCCUAAAGAUGUAGUCAUCUUAAUCGAUGUGAGUGGAAGCAUGAAAGGACUGAGGCUGACCAUCGCCAGGCAGACGGUCUCCUCCAUAUUAGACACACUUGGAGAUGAUGACUUCUUCAAUGUCAUUGCAUAUAAUCAGGAGAUCCACUAUGUGGAGCCUUGUUUGAAUGGCACUCUGGUCCGAGCCGACCGGACCAAUAAAGACCAUUUCCGCGAACAUCUGAAAAAGCUGUUUGCUAAGGGGAUCGGGCUGCUGGGCGUCGCUCUGGCUGAAGCGUUCACAAUCCUGAAUGAAUUUAAUCAAACUGGACGUGGCAGUUUGUGCAGCCAGGCCAUAAUGCUCGUGACUGACGGGGCGACAGAAAUGUAUGACGACGUUUUUGAGAAGUACAACUGGCCAGAAAGAAAGGUGCGAAUAUUCCCGUACCUGAUUGGACGAGAGUCUGCAUUUGCUGAUAACCUCAAGUGGAUGGCUUGUGCCAACAAAGGAUAUUUCAGUCAGAUCUCCACGCUAGCAGAUGUUCAGGAGAACGUGAUGAGAUAUCUGCACGUCAUGAGCCGCCCGAAGGUCAUCGACCACGAGCACGACACGGUGUGGACUGAAGCUUACGUGGACAGUGCUCUUUCCCAGGCUCAUAAGUUGAAGGACAAAUCGGGCCCAAGUCUGAUGACCACAGUCGCCAUGCCUGUCUUCAGCACAAAGAAUGAAACGAAGAACCAGGGGAUUCUGUUGGGGGUUGCAGGAACAGACAUCCCUUUGCAGGAGCUGAUGAAGCUUAUCCCUAAACAUAUGUUAGGAAUCCAUGGGUACGCUUUUGCUAUCACAAACAACGGCUACAUCCUGAUGCACCCGGACCUCAGGCCUUUGUAUCAGGAUGGCAAGAAGAGGAGGAAGCCCAACUACAGCAGCGUGGAUCUCUCCGAGGUGGAGUGGGAAGACAAAGAUGAUAUUCUACGCAACGCUAUGGUAAAAAGGAGGACAGGGACUUUCUCUAUGGAGGUGAAGAAGACGGUGGAUGGAGGGAGGCGUGUCCUGAAGAUGCACAAUGACUAUUUCUACACUGACAUCAAAGGAACGCCGUUCAGUGUUGGGGUGGCCCUCUCCAGAGGUCAUGGGAAGUACUUCUUCAGAGGAAAUGUCUCAGUUGAAGCCGGGCUCCGUGAUCUGGAACAGCCAGAUGUCGCCCUGGCAGAUGAAUGGACUUACUGCAACACAGAGGAGCAGCACGAGCACCGACACCUGACCCAGAUUCAAGCCAUCAAGAUGUUUAUGACGGGCCGCAGAACACACCUCAAAUGUGACCGAGAACUGAUCCAGGAAGUGUUGUUUGAUGCUGUGGUCACCGCUCCGCUGGAGGCCUACUGGACUGGACUGGCCCUCAACAAGUCAGAGAACUCAGACAAAGGAGUGGAGAUUGCCUUCCUGGGUACGCGCGCCGGCCUCUCGAGGACCAACCUGUUUGUCCCGGCCGAUCAGCUGUCCAAUCAAGACUUCCUGACGGCGGAGGAAAAGGAGGGUGUGUUUAACGCCGAUCACUUCCCUCUGUGGUACAAACGAGCGGCAGAACAGGUCCCCGGGGCCUUUGUGUACUCCAUCCCCUUCAGCACAGCGUUAGAAAAUAAAAGUGUGGUCUUGGCCAGCACUGCAAUCCAGCUCCUCGAUGACAGAAAGUCUCCAAUCGUUGCCGCUGUAGGGAUCCAGAUGAAGCUCGAGUUCUUUCAGAGGAAGUUCUGGACGGCCUGCAGACAGUGUACCGCUCUGGAUGGAAAAUGUGGCAUUAGCUGUGAUAGCGCGGACAUUAACUGCUAUCUCAUUGACAACAAUGCCUUCAUUCUCGUCACAGAGGAGCCCUCUCAGACAGGGCUCUUCUUCGGAGAGGUGGAGGGUGCAGUUAUGAACAAACUUCUCCAAAUGGGGUCCUUCAAAAGGUCAGAGACACAACAUCACAUUUCUCUGAGCCCUAAACUGAUACAUUAAACCACAUGUGUCAAA